AUGUCCAGCCAAUUGGAGCGAUCCGACUGCUCAUUCGAAGCAAUGCAGCUGGACUACGACGCGGUGGCGGCCGCCCUGGCGCUUCCCGAGGCGGAGCGGGACGAGGCGCAGCGCACCAUCGCCCUCGCAUUCGUCGACUCGGUCCGCUUCCCCGACACCGAUUCGGAGGACCCCACGGCCGACGUCAAGGCAAAACUGGCGUCUGCCUUCACGCUCGUCGAAGUCGGCGCGGGCACUUCGCUCUUUGAGCAGGGCGACUAUGGCGACGCCAUGUUCGCGGUAGUCAGCGGCAGCAUAGGAAUGUUCAUUCACCCUUGUGGCAAGCCGUCCGAGGCGCCAGAGGGAGCCGACGGGCGGCUCUAUCUCACCGCCGCAGAGGAGGCGGCGGCGGCGGCAAAGCCAGAGGAGCCCAGCCUGGCAGAGACGGAGAUGCGGUUUGGCAGCCUGGUCUUUGUCGCGACCGCGGGGUCGGUGUUUGGAGAGCUCGCGCUGGUCUCGGAUGCGCCGCGCGCGGCGAGCGCUGUCGCGCACGUGGGAAGCUGCCGCCUGGCGGCCCUCUCUCGCGCCUCCUGGCAAAGCUGUCUGAGGGAGGGGGCAAAGCGGAAGCUCGAGGAGAAGAUCGCUCUGAUCGGCUCGCUGCCAGCCUUCCAGCCGCUCGACCCGCUCGCGCUGCAACGCCUCUCGUACUACUUCAAGCCCUCCUCGGUUCCUGCCGGCACGGUGUUGCAGCAGCAGGGAGCGCCGGCUGGCAUGGAAGUGGACAGCGGCGGCGUCACCUCGAGGGUGCGCGCCAUUGUCGGGCGGGGCGAGGUGCUGGGCGCCUUCCUGGAACAAGACGCAGCGCUGGCGGAGCGGGCUCGGUUCUCGGCGACGACGAUCUCGGACUGCACUGUGCUGACGCUCCAGCGCUCUGAGCUGCUGGAGCGCUUCCCGCCCGCGGUCAGCCACGCGUGCCAGGCGCAGCUCCACGCGCACCGCCCACACACGUGCCUGAAAGCCUCAUUGAGCGCGGAGGCGCAACAGCUGAAGCUCGCGGCGUGGACGCAUCGCGGCCUCAUGCGGGCGCGGGUCAUGCGCGAGCUACUGUCGGCCGCGCCCGACUCGCCCCGCGUGUCAUCAACUCGCGACCCGCCCGCGACCAUCCCCGCGGCGGAGCGUUGCUGGGGGCCCGGCUCUGGGCAGGUGCUCGAGUGGAAUCCGUCCCGUCGAGCCUACGUGGCGUCCGCCUCUAUGCGGCGCCAGCGCCUGGUGCGGGCGUGCAACGGCGAAGAGUCUAGAGAAGAGCAGGCCAGCUUCAGCAGGCCUCGAGACCGCGGGAGCAGGCCUGCGACGGCGAGCCUCGCCACGCCACGCCAAACGAAGAAUGCCGAAGUCUCGGGGACGCCGACCCUCGACCUCGCGGCGACCUGGCGCGCGCCGCAAGGCCCCGCGCUGAAGCUGGUCAAGCACGCAUCCUUCCUGGGCGGCGCCGAGGCGUGGCCGUCGCCAAGAGACCAGCGAGCAUCCGCUCUGCUCCACCACGUCGGGCGAGGGACGUACUUCCGAGGCUGA